GAUUCUAUAGGGUGCUGGCGGUAGCCAUAUUACAGAAACAAACCAGUUCAGCAAGUGAAAAUUCCUAUAUUUGAGUAAAGUAAUUCGCGUUGAGUGAUACGUCGGUGGCUAUAAUGUUUCGCAAACAUUGAUAUAUCUCAUAGACAAAAAUCGAGGCAUAAUCAUGCCUUCCUUGACGCCGCUAAAACUAUUUAAACGGGACGCUCCACCGGAGCCGGCCAAAAUGACGGAGCCUUCCGAUGGUGUCAGCGUCGUGACGGCGACUAUUCCCUUCAAAAGUCAACCGACGGAUACCACUCCCGAGGUGACCACCCAGUUAGAGACUACAGUGAAACCAAGUAAUGAUACGCUGAUAUCGAACUUCGUCCAUUACGCUAAUAAGGAAGGGAUUGAUACAUGGGUAUUAGUAACAAUUCUUAUCGCUGUUUCUGUGGUUAUUCUUGGAAUAUGCUUCUGCUGUAUAAGAAGAUGCUUCCGGAAGCGAAGAGCAAAGGAUGGCAAAAAGGGCAUGAAAGGAGUAGACUUAAAAUCUGUGCAGUUAUUGGGAUCGUCGUACAAAGAAAAGGUACAACCAGAUAUGGACGAAUUGACAGAAAACGCAGAAGAACCAGAUGAAGGUGAAAAACCUGAGGUUCAGAAACUAGGCAAGCUGCAGUAUAAGUUGGACUAUGACUUCAAUCAAAACAGCUUUGCUGUCACUGUCAUUCAAGCCGAAGAAUUACCGGCACUUGAUAUGGGCGGGACUUCUGAUCCUUACGUCAAAGUUUAUCUUCUUCCUGACAAGAAGAAAAAGUUUGAAACAAAGGUUCAUAGGAAAACGUUAAAUCCCGUUUUCAAUGAAACGUUCGUAUUUAAGAAUCUGCCCUACUCCGAUGCCAUGAAUAAGACCCUAGUCUUUGCCAUCUUUGACUUCGACCGAUUUUCUAAACACGACCAGAUAGGAGAGGUGAAAGUACCCCUUUGCACAGUGGAUUUGGCACAAACGAUCGAGGAAUGGCGAGAACUGCAGAGCGUCGAAGGAGAGGGUGGUCAGUUGGGAGAUAUUUGCUUCUCGUUGAGGUACGUCCCCACUGCAGGAAAAUUGACUGUUGUAAUUUUGGAAGCUAAAAAUUUGAAGAAAAUGGACGUCGGCGGAUUAUCAGAUCCUUAUGUAAAGAUAGCCUUGAUGCAAAACGGCAAGCGAUUGAAGAAGAAAAAAACUAGUAUAAAGAAAUGUACCCUUAACCCUUACUAUAAUGAAUCAUUCACAUUUGAAGUACCGUUUGAACAAAUACAGAAAGUAAACCUCCAAGUGACUGUAGUAGAUUACGAUAGAAUCGGCACUUCGGAACCCAUCGGAAAAGUGGUACUAGGCUACAAUGCAAGCGGAACUGAGCUUCGCCAUUGGUCAGACAUGUUGGCUUCGCCUCGUAGGCCGAUAGCACAGUGGCACACACUCAAAGAUCCUGAGGAUGAAAAGAAAGACUAAGAUAAUAAUGUCGCCUAACAACGCUAACACAAUAUAGUAUACUCAUUAAAGUCUAUCCUUGGAAAGUCAGACAUCAUCGUCAGUGUUACACAGAAUCAUAACUCGUCAUCUUGUUGUUUAAAGUUUUCUCUUAAAUGUAUGAAUUUUUAACAAAAUAAUACUAGCAGUACUGGCAACAGAAACAGAAAUACAAUGACACAAAAAAAACUUGUUAUAAGUAAUAAAAAAGAUAUUUAAAAUAAUUUUUUAAGUUGACUUGCUUUUAGACCAAGCUUGUAUGGUAUGAAAAAUUAUGUAACAAAAUAGGAAUUUCCGUUGAUAGUGAAUGCGGAGAUUCAAGAUAAUAAUUUGAGAAUAUAUGAUAAAAAAACACAGCAGGAUAGUAUAAGGCCAGAAAAUAUAGAUUCAGAAGAAGAAAUACGCAAGAACAAAGAAGAUUAUAUGAAAUAAGAUAGAUGAUUAAAGCACUAUUCACUGGAAACACUGGAAACAAGAAGAAUAGAUGCUUUAUUGACGUGAAGGCUACAUAAACUUCACCUGCGGCUAUAUAAAUUGACUAGUCUAGUAACUAAGUGAUCGAGGAGCUCAAUCAAAAACCAGCCACUAACUGAGAAUCAGUCCAGAAGAUAUUCCAAGCAGAGUUUCACAUAAAGCUGCAUAGUAAAAGAGUCCCAAAAAUUAGUACCAAACGAAAUAAAAACAUUUAAAAUAGCAUUAACACAUGAUUAUGUACCACAAGCUUAGCUAAAGCCAGAAGAGGCAUAAAAAAUACAAAAAAAUAGACUACUGAAACUAAUAACAGCACAAACUCUAAAGAAAAUCCAGACAGAAAUAACAUUAGACGACUGAUGUGGCUCUAAAUCGUGUAGAAGAAAGAGAAUGACUAUGAAUGAACGCAAGAAGAAAAAUUAAGGAUUAUAAUGAAAUUUAUUCGAACUGAAUAGCACAAUACCAAUACACGAUUUAAAAGGAUAAAGAAUGGAAGGUGUGGAUUAGCGUGAAGGACGAAAAUAGUGAAAACUAUAACGACUAAGACCAUGUGGAGAACAUAUAGCUGAAGGAAAUAGCAGUAAGCUUUGUUUACUGCCACAUUAAAAGAAAAACUCAAAGUACAGAGCAAAAUCCGAAUCCAGAACGAAUUAACAGAUGCAUUCCCAUAUACAGGAUUAUAAAAUAUAAACAUUUCACACAUAAAUUAUAUCUAUAUAUAGUAAAAAUACAUAUAAAACAUACAAAAUGUGAAAAUAUAAAAGUCAAACUUUUAACUAAGUGACUGAAAACAUUUGACUUUUAUCUAUUAUCGAUUUAUUGUAUUUUAGCUGUUUACAACGUUGCCUAGUUUCUCAAAAUUCUAAUAAUUGACGGAAAUUUCUUUGAACACGACAUGGUAAAUUUUGUAAUAUUGUUUAAAAAUUCAUACAUUGGAAGAUGUCAUCAUCUAAAAUAUUUACUGCAUUACUCAUCAAAAAUAUUCUAAGCUUAACGCUAAGUAUCUACUAAAUAUUCUAUUCUUUAGUUGAUUUGUUGUAAGUAUUUAUUUCCUAUUUAAUACCAGGCAUGAAUAAUUGGUACUUGCUAGGAAUGAGGAUUUUAUAUUUGUUAAAGUGAUUUUUCGGUUUUAGUUUUUUUUCUUGUUAUUUAUUGUUAGUUAUGGUAAAAAUACCAAAAGCGUGUUGUUACAUGUUAAUUGAUGUUUUUUUUUUGUAUAAAAAACAUUCAAUUAUGUUUUGACAAAUUAUUGUAUUGAAUUAUUUGCAUUUAUGUAAAGAUGGCAAACUUCAAAGGUAAAUUCAUUGUGACAUCCAUUCACGUGUUCCAGUUUUUACCUGGUUUGAGUCUUAUCAGGCUCGGACUUGCUUUGAACACGUUUUUGUCUUGAUAAGUUAUUUUCCUUAGGAAUUAAUUCUUUCUGAUACGUCGAUUGACGAUUGACAUUUUGCAAUUUCAUCCUUCAAAUCCGUCAAUAGUACCUUAUAUUCGUUAUUGGUCGUUUUUCCAGCAAAGAUAUGAAUCUCAUUUGACAACAAAUUUCACUUUAAGCUAGAAAGUAGAUUCAUGUUUCAUUAUGUUUCAUGUCAACGCAAAAGCUGCUGUUUAUUGAUACACUUGUAAACAACACUAAAUCGUUGUACUUUUUGAUUGAUCUUGAGUGUAUUUUUUUAUGUUUUCUAGGACAAUUGCAUUGCUCGAAAUUAGAAUUAAAAAAAUCGUACCAGAAAGAAAAACAGUUCAACUACAGAGGUAUAAACUUAUUAAAUACUACUCUAAAACUUACAACAUUUUACAAGUACUAAUAAAUCAGAGGACUUAUUAAAUGUGGAGGUGCUACUGUGACUAAUCAAAUAUAUAAAAUAAUACUGAGAGCCUGGAAUGAGGAACAAAUCCCGGAAGAGUGGUGUAUUGGAAUAGUUUGCCCGCUACACAAAAAGGGUAACCAAUUGGAAUGUAGAAACUAUAGGGGAAUAACCCUCCUUAAUACAGCUUACAAAAUAUUUUCGAGGAUCUUAUAUGGUCGCCUAAGUGCAUAUUCAAAGGAACUUCUCGGGGAAUAUCAAAGUGGUUUUAGGCCUGGUCGAUCAACAACAGAUCAGAUCUUUGUGUUAAGGCAAAUAUUGGAAAAAACCAAUGAAUUCAAUAUCGAUACAUACCAUUUUUUUGCAGACUUCAAAUCUGCCUAUGAAAGUGUCCUAAGAAAUAAAUUGUAUGAAGCCAUGAAUGAAUUCCACAUCCCCGAUAAACUGAUAAGAUUGGUUAAGGCUACAAUGCGUAAUGUGGUUUGCAAAGUCGAAAUACAGGGCGAACAAUCACAGGCGUUUAGAACGCAUGUUGGACUGCGAUAGGGAGACGCGCUGGCGUGUCUUCUUUUCAAAAUAGCACUGGAAAAGGCGAUCAGAGAUGCCCGAAUAGACAACAGAGGAAAUAUUUUUAAUAAAUCAACCCAAAUUUUGGCAUAUGCAAAUGAUGUGGACCUAGUUACCCGCACAACACGCAAGCUAGAAGAAAUGUAUACCACCUUCUCAAAUGCCUUAAAAUCUAUGGGCCUGCAAGUAAAUGAGGAGAAAACUAAGAUGAUGGCAUCAACACCCAACAAUAGACUCAGGAACAUCGGUCCCCAAUUCACAGUUGAUAACUGUACCUUUGAAGUGGUGGAAAAAUUCACAUAUUUAGGCUCCCUGAUCACCAAAGAGAACGCCAUAACGGAAGAAAUCAAGCGAAGGAUAAUAAUGGCAAACAGAUGCUAUUUUGGACUGAGUAGACAUAUGAGAACUAGAAACUUAAGGCAAAAAACAAAAAUAACCAUAUACAAAACCCUUAUACAGCGAGUGUUGACAUAUGGAUCGGAGACAUGGACCAUCUCCAAGGCAGACGAAGACCUUCUGCUUAUAUUUUAACGAAGGAUCCUGAGAGGAAUAUUUGGUGGCAUCUGUCAAAAUGGUGUUUGGAGGAGGAGAUACAACUACGAGGUAUACCACAGAUAUAAACAAAUAUUUGGUGGUAAAGACGUAGUAUCUUUUAUGUUUAGUAGUAUCUCUCCUUAGAAAAUAGGAAGACUAAGAUGGGCAGGACAUCUAGCAAGAUCACAGCAGAACAACCCUCCUAGAAGAAUCCUUAUGUCACAACCCGUGGGAAGUAGAAAAAGAGGUAGGCCAAAACUCAGAUGGAAGGAUGGUGUAGAUUGAGGAUGGUAGAAAGAUAGGCGCAGAAAACUGGCAACGGUUGGCAAUGGAUAGGACUGCCUGGCGUAAUAGACUUAGGAAGAUCGAGGCUCUUUCAUAGGGCUGUAGUACCAUUGAUGAUGAUGAAUAAAUCAGAGGAUGAGUUUAGCAGAUGAACAACCGAGUUUUUGUAGUGAAAGAUCGUGUACAGCUGCAAUAUUCGUUAUAAAGCAAAUAACUGAGAAAUCACUUGAGUAUAAUGGCUUAAAGAAAGCAAUUGACAGAGAAAGACUCAAUGAUGUAAUCCAUCUUUUGUAUAAUAGAGAAGCUCCCAUAGAUAUUAUAAAAACUUUUGAAAAUAUCUAACAAAACAACAAAAUGGAAGUCAGAAUAGAUGGAACUUACAGAACCUAUAGAAAUAGGCAGCGGAAUAAGACAAGAGGAUUCAUUGAGCCCCACGCUCUUCAAUUUGAUCAUGGACGAAAUUAUCAAAAGCGUUAACAAAAGAAGAAGAUACAGAAUGGGAAAUAAAGAAAUAAAAAUACUCUGUUAUGCAUACCACGCAAUAUGCAAGAUAGUCAAAGAUGAAAAUAGUCUGCACAGACUGGAAUAUUACAAACAAACACAUUAAGACUAAGAUGAAGUCAAGAAUUUCUAAAGCCAAUGUAAGACCAAUAAUAAUAUGCUUCAGAAACAAGUCCCGAUACAGCCACAACGCAAAGGUUAAUGGAAACUGCAGAGAUGAGAGUACUGAGAAGAAUUGUUAAAGGAAAUGUGCUGAAAGAUCGAAAGAGAAGUGAAGAUAUUAAAAGAAAAUGUAUCGUACAGUGUAUUAAUGAAUGGACAGAAAAUAGAAAAAAAAGAAACAAUGGAAGAACCACAUAAGCAAAAUGGAAAAGACCAGUGUCGUCAAAAUAGCAAGAAAUAGAUCACAAAAGAUGAAGUGACCAACUUGCAUAUAGGUAUUAAUCCGCCAAUGAACAAGCAGAAUUGCUUAUAAAGAGGAAGACGAAGAAGAAGAAACAGUUUUAAAUAAAUCUAUAUUAUAUUUACAUUGUUUUGAAAAUUGCAACGUUAGAAUUAUUUCAACCAUUGUAAUUUGUAAAUAAAUGGUCAAAAUAAUGUCAAAUUUUGACAAUUGACGUUUGAAGGUUGGUAAUUUUUAAAAACUAUAUAGAUUUGUUUAGUCAAUGAGGUCAUUUGCGUUUGAAAGACAUUUUGGAAACCGAAUGAGAUUCUCUAUAGACUUAUACUUGUCUGAAAUUGUUUUCUUAAGACAUAAACAAUCAUUUUUUGUAAAAUUGGGACUAUAUGACUUUUUCCUAGUUUCAGACCAAAAUCUGUAUACUUAGUUGAAGAUUUCUUUGUUUUAUUUGAGUACUUAAUGUGUACUUAACUGAAGACAUUUAAAAAUAAAAUCUUAAUCAUUUAUAGCAACAUGUUUUUGGUAUACUUCAUUUAACACGUUCGCUGCGUGUCAAAAAACUGAAACCAUCAACUUCUGACCUUAAUUUUGGCAGUGGCACACGCAGCAAACCAGUUAUAAUGUUAAAUAUUUAAGUUUUUAAUUAUAAGUUACGUUGAGAUUAUUAGAUAUGUAGAAGAUUGUACCGACAAUAGCGAAAUUGUAGUCUAGACUAAAAAUUGACUAUGCAAUUUUUUUAAGAAUAAUGCACAAAACUAGUAUUUCCACAAAAAAUAUACGGAUCGGUUGCUAUUCUAAAUAAAGAAAAAAAACCUGUGUGUACUUAUUUGUUGUUUAAAUUUAGAACACUGUUGACAUAUAGAUAUUGUAGUAAGGAGAAAAAAAAACUAUAGUAAGCGAAGACGUUUUUACUGUUUUCUUUACGUUGUAUAAAUAUGUGGUGUUGUUUAGCAGGAAAAAACAUUUUUCAAGUAGUAAUGGUCCUUUUCAUUUUUAACUGCAUAGCCCAGUCUGGUUAAAAAAAGGUCGAAAAAUUUUUCGCAGACAUCUGAAGCUUUUAAUACAUAGGUGGGGGUUACUAGAUGAUGAAUAGAUGAAAAAGUACUCGUAUUUUUACCUUACGUUUUUUUAAACAAUAAUUUAUGGUCGUAAUUUGAUUUUUUGUAUAUAAGUUUUUCCCUUAUAUUUUACAUAAACAAUAUUUAUAUUAUUUUUUUUAUAUCAAGAAUAUUUUUAUUUUCCCGUUUUUUCUAUUAAAAUUGAUAAAUAAUUUACGGAGAUAUUUGCAAAAAAGCAGUUUUUUGCAGUAAUUUGUAAAUUUUAGUAAUUUUUUUAAGACAAAAUAAAAUGUUAUUAAUACAUUUGAAUAUCGAGCAAUUACCGUUUUUUAAAUUUGUGCGAAAUUCUUCCCUAUCGGUCAAAUAGUUUAAAAGUUAUUUAAUUU